CUCCUAACAACAUCUCCUCACAUUUUCACAAUGAGGGAAAGGAAGACAACAGAUCCACCUCAGUCAUCCACAGAUCUGAGUGAAGGGAAGGAGAAGUUAAGACUGAAGCAAGAGGUCGGCCUGAUUAGCGGAGUGUCAUUAAUUGCAGGCACAAUGAUAGGCUCGGGGAUCUUUAUGUCCCCUGAGUGGGUACUACAUCAUAUGGGGAACCCUGCCAGCAGCCUGCUUAUCUGGGCAGCAUGCGGUCUUCUGGCCAUGUUUGGAGCCUUGUCGUACGCUGAGCUUGGAACCAUAAUUAAAGAGUCUGGAGGAGAAUAUAUUUACAUUUUGAGGAUUUUUGGUUCUUUUCCUGCUUUUCUUUUCGCCUACACUUCUGUCAUCCUGGUGAGACCAGCUGGUUUGGCAGCUGUCUGUCUGAGCUUUGCUGAAUACGCCGUUGCACCGUUCUACCCAGGAUGUUCCUCUCCGCAGGUUGUCGUCAAAUGCACAGCUGCUGCCUGCAUCCUGCUUUUAACUAUCAUCAACUGUCUCAAUGUGAGGCUGGCGACAUCUGUUAUGAACAUUUUUACAGCUGCCAAACUCUUGGCUUUGUUGGUGAUCGUGGUGGGUGGACUGGUGCUCCUUGCCAAGGGACAAACUGAGAGUUUUCAGAAUGGUUUUCAGGGCACAAGUGUGGGUAUUGGGGCAGUUGGAGUGGCAUUUUACCAGGGACUCUGGUCCUAUGAUGGGUGGAACAACCUGAACUAUGUAACUGAAGAACUCAAGAAGCCUGAGGUGACCCUUCCCAGAGCUGUGAUGAUUGCCAUUCCUUUGGUUACGUGCCUGUAUUUGCUGGUGAACGUGAGCUACUUAGCAGCCAUGACUCCCUCUGAACUGCUGUCUUCAGGAGCUGUGGCCGUCACUUGGGGGGACAAAGUCCUGGGCAGCUGGGCAUGGCUCAUCUCCCUGUCGGUGGCACUGUCCACAUUUGGUUCAUCAAACGGCACGUUCUUCAGCGGAGGCCGCGUGUGCUACAUUGCUGCGAGGGAAGGCCACAUGCCAGACAUUCUGUCUAUGGCUCAUGUGCGACGCCUCACACCCUCCCCUGCACUGAUGUUUACAUCUGUGAUGUCUUUAAUAAUGAUAAUAUCAGGAAACUUCACCAGUAUCGUGAACUUUUUCAGUUUUAUAGCAUGGCUUUUCUAUGGCAUGACUAUUUCUGGGCUCCUGUAUUUAAAAAUCAAGAAACCAGAACUGCCAAGAUCUUACAAGGUACCAAUUAUCAUUCCCAUAAUUGUGCUGAUGGCAGCUGUGUACCUGGUGUUAGCUCCCAUCAUUGAUCAACCCCAAAUGGAGAUCCUCUACAUCAUCGCCUUCAUUUUCAGUGGCAUCAUUCUUUAUUUCCCACUGGUUCGCUUCAAGUACCACCCUCGCUUUUUGCAGACCGUCACCUUACACCUCCAGUUGUUCCUGGAAGUUGCCCCGACCACUAAGGACACAAACUGACAUAACAUGCUCCAGUCACAUGGAGGAUGCUGCCUGCACCUCAUGUUUUAUCCCGGCACCUUGGUUUUCAAGGCUCAGGAAAUAUUCUUCUGUAAAGAGGAAUGAGUAGAAUGAACGUGACACUAAAUUGUCCAGCUGAGAUGGACUAGAGCUGACUCCCCAGGUUUCCUCUAAAUUCUGGGGAUGUGUUUUUCUCCUUUUCAUGUAUUUUCCAUCCCAAGAGAAUGGAAAAUUUUUCCUGUUCAUGGAAAUCUCAGAUCUUAUAUUUCAAGCUAAAAGGCAACAAAAGGCAGACAAUGAAAUACUAUUCCUACAGCAGGCUGGGCCCCUAAGCCUUUCCUGGCAAUGCUUUUAAUCACUUCCACCUAGUUCUGCCCACUGUGAC